AUGUCAACCUUCGCCACGAACACCUCCUCGGGGCCGCGCCCCAGCAUCGCUGUUCUCCCGCACAUGGAGAUCCCUCGUCGCCGCAAGGCGUGCGAGAUCGACGACGCCGAAGACGAACCAUCCCGGCCCAUCAAGCGGACCAAACAGUCUCACGGCCCCGAGCAGGCAAGUACAUCGUUGCGACUACUUGGAGUCGUCCUCACCAGUCUUCAGAACUAUCAGCGUCUCGCCAAGAUGUCUCUCAUCGGUACGGGCAGGAAGCGUGUUCGCGGCGAAGGAAAGGCCGUCGGGCUGCGGAAGCGGUUCAACAAGUCCCUGCGCAACAUCCCAGCCCAGCCCGACAACGCCGGAAACGCUCAAUUCGCCUUCACCUUCGUCCCAACGCCCUUCGCGCCCCGCCAAGACGUCAUGGAGGAUAUAGAAGUGUCCCUACCAGUCAUGGACAUCGACCUCGUCAUCCAGAGCCCCGCCGUCUCCCCGCAGCUCCCGCAAGUUCCGAUGUCGAUCGACAGCCUGCAGACUGUGGGCUCGACUGAGAUAUCGGCCUCCAUCUCCACCCCCGACAUCGAGAUGGAGAUCGCGUUAGAGCAUGUUCACGCUCUCGACGCUGCUGCCACUCCAUUCGGAGACGAAGACAAGGUCAUGGCCGACGCUCCCCAGGUCUCAGUCCCCGAUACCAAGAGCUUCAUCUCGCGCUUCCUCGCUCGCGCUGCUGCCGCCGCCACUGCCAUUACUCGCCAGGCGACCCCCUUCAAGAAGACGAUCCAGCCCAAAGGUGCCAUCCGAGGUGUUGGGAAGACCUCAUCCCGCAAGAUCCAUGCAGCCGCAACUCCAUACGCCAGAACCGGGAGGCGUCAAGCCUUAACGACUGCCCCGCGCUCCAACAAAGCCCGCCGCACUGCGACCGACUCAUCAGUCCUCGAGCCGCUCAUACCCAGCGAUGACCAUGUCGCUUGGGCCGUGGAGGACGCCGUUCAAGGUGUCGCUUUGGAGAUCCUGGAGGGAUCUCCCGCCCCGGUCGACGAGAUCGACUUGGAGGAGCUUCUGGCCGAGACCAAGCCCACCUGUGAGGCUCAGGAAUUUGAGGUAUUUUACGACGCCUUGGAGGGAGUGGAACAUGAGGUCACACACACGAGCCGGCCGCCAUCGCCAGUGCUGUCGUCGCCGCAGCUCUUCUCGGCCACUUCGGCACCCCACAACUGCGAUGACGACUCGUGUAUCGCCUGCCUUCUUCUCACCACCGACGUCGCCCAAGCCCCCAACUCGCCGCCGUCCCUCUACAACACGAACAGCGAGGACUCGUCGGCGUACGCAUCCGAGAUCGAUGAGUACUAUAUCGAGUCCGCGCUGUACAACGUAGUAGCAGACACCGCGGCCUGGUUGCCCCGAGACGUACCCGUCCUCCCGGGCCUGGAGGAGGAGGAGGCAGUAGUAGUAGUACCAGUUGAGGAGACGCGCAAGGAGGAGAUCGAUAUCCUCCCAGUCGCGGACUCUUGCUUGGGAUCACUGUUCGCUCACCUCGACAAGUUGUCCUUCGAGGACAGCGCCCACGUUCUCCCGACGGUCUCUUGCGCGGACGUUCUCAUGCCCUCGGGUUCCGACGUCUGGUACGAUGCCAUGGACGACUCGGUCUCACCUUCUCUCUCUUUCGGCGACAUUCAAAUGACUUAUGACGCCUCCUACACUGACUUCAUGGACGGUAUCAUCGUCGACCACACUCACUACUCCGCGCCUCCGUCAUCUGCCCUCCCUGCGUACAGCCCCAUGGCCGACAUCGACUACGCGCUUCCAAGCCACUCAUACACGGCAAUCGGUAACUACGACACCACAACACUACUGGGACCGCCCCUCGAACCUCAUUGGACUUCCUCUUUCUUCCUUCCGACCUCUCCGCGCACCGCCGCUGACCCCCUUGGACUGGGCACUGACGCCUGCUUGAAAUCGCCCAUGGACCUCGACAUCACUACCACCUCUUACAUCACUACUGCUUCUUACAACGUCUUCGUCCCCGGUCUCGACUACUCUGUGCAUCCUACGCCUGCUCAACAGCCUACCUGCUCAACCCGACUGCCUGGAGGCGACUCCGAGAUGGCCAUGCUCGAAGACUCACCCUCCGCGGACCUCAUGGACUUCGCCAUCUCGCCGGUCCCCGACCCUGCUCCUGUUUUCCCCGGCGCCGACAACGGCAUCUACCACGGCAUCUCUCAACAUCUACGACAUCCGCGACGACAACAUCUACAACAUCCGCUACGACAUCUACUACCUCUGCGACGACAACAUCCACGACUAACAUCCACGACUACAACAUCUACAACAUUGCUACGACAUUGCUACAACAUCACUACAACAUCACUACAACAUCGCUACAACAUCGCUACAACAUCACUACAACAUCGCUACAACAUCUACGCCACCACAGCAUCUACACCCAUAUACCACACCACACCGCUCUAUACCCUGUUCGAGCCAGCAGUAUCACAUCCUAACCGGCACGCUCCGCGCGCGCUCCGCACAACCUACAAACUCACACACCUACCACCGACCACGACCCGUCGCCGUCCUGGCCGCCGCUCACGGCCGCGACAACUCAACCGCGACGACUCGUCCUCCGUCGACCCGACCCCGGCAUCCCGACCGCCUUCGCGCCUGUACACCGCGUCCACGGCCGACGAUCUUCGGAACCACAUAUUCAAGAGCACGGGCGGCCUUCGCGACCGCUCGGGUGAAGUCGAUCUGCUACACCGCCCCAUUUUAAGAGACGACCGCCUCGCGUUCGUCUCACCCGGUUCACCCCGAGGUCAAGCCUUCAACCUGUCAACAUCGGGUCAUGUUGGCGCCUCCCCCAUUUACGAAGAGUCCUCGCAUCGUCAACAUUGCGAGGAUUCUCACCCACCUUCGCCCUCCUCGUUCUUGCGAGGGCGAUCGACCGCCUACUCCGACACCGACAACUCGUCCGGGCGGUUCAAUACCCGUUCAUCGUUCACGGUUCAUCUUCAGCGGCGUCAGGCAUCUAAGCCUGUAGCUUCUUUGGAGACCAGCAUGCCCCUGCGGUCCUUUCCGGCGUUCCAAGAUCGCUCGGACCAGCACGCCCUGUUCAUUUCGCGUCUGAUCCACCCUGGACAUCUCACGAUUGCAAGCGUGGGGUUCUCAGCGUGGCUCGACGCACCGGCGCACCUUCCUCAGUCCUCAAGGCAUUGA